AUGGCAGACAAGAGACGCAGGAAAAGCCUGAGCAUCUUCCGCCAGAAACACGAGGCUGUACCACAAUUGACAACAUCCUUCAACCCUUCCCCUCUCACACCCGAGAAUGCAGUACCACAUUCGGCUAUUGACGUCGUCGAUCCCUCGAGUCCACGAAGUAGGCCUCGUACGCUACAGAAGCAGAGUCGAGUCUCAACAUUUGGCUCUUUACGCUCACUGCAGUCACUCGAUGCUGACGAGAAAGAGUUAUUGAAGAGGUCAGACUCCAAGAACUCGUCCACCCAUGAAGACCAAGACAUGCCCAAGCGAGGGCUGUUCGGGAACAGUGUCUUGCACCACUCCGAGGUCCAGGCUGCGGCGACGAAUGUCUUCCGAAAGAAGAGUCACUAUGCGGUUCUUACCGAUACACAUCUCAUCCGCUUCAGGACCCAGGCCAGAGCUGCAGAGAUGUUCGCCGGCAUAUCGACCGCCAUGACGAGGACUACGUCACGUAUGUCUGUCGGGUCGUACACCGAUGUGCCAGUAGCAGCGUACCACGAUAUAGCAGCAUGCAUUCCUCUCCACCAGGUUGUUGCAGUGUACAAGCUAGACGACGGUCGUCCUUUCUUCACGAUCGAGGUUGCCGCUCUGGACGAACAAGGCAAGAAGUCUGCUACUAUACAGUUGCAUAUCAGUGAGCCCAACGAAGCAGAACAAUGGAUCUCAUCGAUCCGGAAUGGUGCAACGGCAGCACGAGCGCGACAGAAGGCCGACUUGAGUCCGACCAUUAUCGACUAUGUUGCCCGAGCGGUAGAGCGCGAUGGGGACUAUGACCCGGAACACUUCCAUGUCUACAGAGCGGCGCAAAGGGCUGGUCCGAACAAAAGCGUUGGCAGAACGUCGGCCGAAGACCUCACCAAGCUCACUUCUACUGUCUGCUAUCUGGCGGUCGGACUGCACAAGAUCCACCUUGUUCCGCAUAUCCGUGCCAACGAUCGUGCAUCGUCGACAUCGCUGGUCGACUUCGAGUCACCUCAAUCAUUCGGGCUGGCGCUACUGACUAGCGUAAAAGUCCACUCUGAGCAGGAUGACGCGUUUCAGCUGACCUUCAAAUCGCCUCUCCGUCCACCAUAUACAGCCAGUCUUGCGUCUUCUGACGCUUAUGCUAUUGCGAUUUGCAUACGAACGGCAACUGAGUGGAUUCGUCCAGAAUGGCUUCGGCAACCAUUCUUAUUCGACGUUCCGUACGCCCUUGAUGACUACAUGCGAGGUGCUCAUUCGGCGGCCGAGGACUACAAGUGCUUCGACAGGACUCUGAUGGCAUACUGUGCGGCAUACGACGCGGACACUUCUCGCAUCUGCUAUACUGUAGAUCACAACUGCGAGGAUGCACCACGGUUUCAGCUUUUGCCUGCUACUGGGAAUGGCAAGUAUACCACGCUCGAGCUCUUAGCUGUGUUCCGGGCGUUGCGAUACAACGAGUCAUUUGUUUCCAUCUCCUUCGCAGAUGUGAAUCUCUGCACGUUGCGCUAUCUGUACGACGUGUAUGCGACCGACAUCGACAGUGUCUGCAAUCGGGCCGGGCAGGGGCUGAAUCUGCUCGGUCAUUACGACCUGCCUGUGUUGUCACAGGAGGUUCGAGCGCUGGCGUUGAAGAAUCGCAAAUUGAGGCGGCUUGACUUUUCGUCUGCGUUCCCAGCGUUGUCGGAGGGUGAAGAAGAAGCCGAUAGUUGCUGCAUACCGGAAGCUCUGUUCCCGUUGUGCAAGAAGGGGUGGACAAACGUGGAUUGGGUUGUAUUCAAUGGUGUGCGCUUGGCUGAUUCGGACGUCAACUUUCUUGUCGAUGCUGCGUCGGAGCGGAUAUGCCACCUUCGAGCACUUGAAGUUGGUGGCUGCGACUUGUCCGUCCAUGACGCGGACGUGCUGCUAUCAACAUUGGCGGUUCAGGCUAACACUCUGGAAGUCAUCAAUAUUUCUGGCGUCCAGGGCAAGUUCAGCGCGUUGAUGUUUCAACGGCACAUAAGUGCUUUCCGAUACAUUCGUCGGCUGAACUUGUCUCGUGUCCACAAGAAUGCUGGUCCUGAGCCUCUAAUCCCGCCCGAAACACUCAUGACUUGGCGAUUGGAGGCAUUGCACAUCUCGCAGACCACCCUCGAUGUGCAGACCGUCGAUGCAAUCGCAGCAUAUCUGGCCAGCCAUCGAUCUGAGAUCCUUCGGGAGUUGUAUCUGGAUCAGUGCGGUCUGACUGGUCGAGACCUCGCAGUCUUCUUCCGUUCCAUGGUCCGAGUACCUGGCGUCGCCCGAGAAAUGCAUAUCAGCGCCAACGAGAAUCGGCUGAAGCAGGGCAUGUCGAACCUGUUCAAGGCCAUUGCCGACAACUGCGGCCCAUCUUCGCUCACCAUGCGGAUGAUGGACUUUGAAAAGGAGCAUUACUUCCGCGAACUCAUCGAAGCGCUCACGCACAAUACCACUCUACGCUCACUCGACAUGGCGAAAGCGUCCCUACCGUAUGACGCCGGUACCGAAACCUGCGAAGCGCUCAAGGACAUGCUCGCCAAGAACGAGACACUCGAAACGCUCGACAUCAGCGGCGAGCAUGCCCAUCUCGACGCCACGCGCUUCGGCAUCGGACUCAACAUCGCCCUCCGCGGCCUCUCGCACAACCACACCCUCAAGAUCCUACGCAUUGAACACCAAAGCCUUGGUCUACAAGGCGCGAGCACGCUGGCUGAAGUCAUCGAAACCAACGACUCCCUCCUCGAGAUUCAUUGCGAACACAACGACCUGAACCUCCAAAGCUUCACGGUGCUCGUCAACGCCCUCGAGAAGAACCGCACCCUCCAGUACCUCCCCGCUAUGGAUGCUGACCGCACGAAAGCGAUGGAGAAGGUCCGCCAGGAGAUCGCCAUGCUUGACCAUCACGUCGGUAGCUCCUCGCCCACCACCAAGCACACCAUCUACAACGCCGGCCAUCACACCUCAUCACUCAAGAAACGCAUGACAAACCUCUCUAGCAUGGGAGGAAGCUUCACGAGCCGUCAUAGCGGUCGAGAGACUCCACAUAAGCGGAUGGCCUCGGGAUCCUCGGUGGGGAGUUUCAGCGAGCACGAUAUCAUUUCCGCCGUGAACGCGUUGGAUCAGAAAUGGGACGCGCAGGUUAGUAGGAUGCAGGGGUACUUGUACCGGAAUUACUGUCUGGCGGAGGGGUUUGGGUGGCAGCAGGAGGAAGCUCCGCCUGUGUCUGCAGAGCUGGUAGAGGAACCGCAACAGCUAGAGUCGAAGGAUAGGCCAAGCACGGAAGAGAGCAAGAGAAGGCUGGAAAGAGGCUCGGGGUCGAGUCUGCGUGAGAUGCUGGAGAGGGUCAAGCUGGGCGGAAGUCGCAGGGGCAGUCUUGAGGCCAUCUUGGAUGAGAAAGGAGGUGGAAGGAGCCGGAAAGGCAGUGGUACUACUGCUGGUGGAGGUGGAAAGGCGAUGUUUGAGCUGGAGUGA